AGCGUGGAUGAUUUUUGCUUCUCAGUUCUGCGUGCCGGACAUUAACCGGUGAUCUCCGCCUGUCUGGCUGUCUGUUUCUCACUAUCCUGUACCCGAGCAUCAGUGUGAUUUAUUGGGUGAAACCAGGAUCGACUCGGCGGCCUCUAGGGUGGCAGAAGGAUGGAUGCGUUCUUUGCAGGGGGGACGCGGGUUUGGGUAAAAGAGAAAGACCAACUGCUUCCUUCCACUGUGAACUCCUGUGGAGAUGGUACCAUUGUUCUCACUACUGACUAUGGAGAGGUGUUGUACCUGCAGCAGGCUGAGGUUAGCAGGGAGAAGGUGUAUCCCAUGCACCAGAGCAGUAUUGAUGGUGUGGAGGACAUGUCCACACUGGCUGAGCUCCAUGAGGCUGCUAUCAUGCAUAACCUCCACCAGCGCUAUCAGAAAGACCACAUAUAUACUAACAUAGGCUCCAUCUUGGCAGCACUGAACCCCUAUAAGCCGAUUACAGGCAUGUAUGACCCCUCCUCAGUAGAGCUCUACAGUCAACAUCACAUUGGUGAACUUCCACCCCACAUCUUUGCUGUGGCCAACGAAAGCUACCGAUGCCUCUGGAAACGACAUGACAGCCAAUGCGUGCUUAUCAGUGGAGAAAGUGGGGCUGGUAAAACAGAGAGCACAAAACUUCUCCUGCAGUUCCUGUCUGUCAUGAGCCAAAAUUCAGCUGGGGCUUCAGAACAAACAGCCCAUGUGGAGCAAGCCAUUGUACAGAGCAGUCCCAUCAUGGAGGCAUUUGGAAAUGCCAAAACAGUUUACAACAACAACUCCAGUCGCUUUGGGAAAUUCAUCCAGCUUCAUUUCUCUCAGUGUGGCUACAUCCAAGGAGGCUGCAUUGUGGACUAUUUGCUUGAAAAGAACCGUGUGGUAAGACAAAACCCCGGAGAAAGAAACUACCACAUAUUUUAUGCUCUACUAGCUGGAGCAGACAAAGCACAAAAAGAAACAUAUUACCUUGCCGACCCCCCAGAGUCAUUUCACUAUCUGAGCCAGUCUGGGUGUGUGAAGGAUAAGAAUCUGGAUGAUAAGAAGCUCUACGAAAGUGUCAUGGAGGCACUAAAGGUGAUGCAAUUCACAGACGAGGAAAUUAGAGACAUGUUCAAGCUACUGUCAGGAGUCCUGCAGUUUGGCAACAUCGAGUUUAUGACAGCAGGUGGAGCUCAAAUUACCACCAAGCAAGUUGUGACCAAUGUAAGUGAGUUGCUGGGUCUGGACUGCUUUCAGUUAUCUGAAGUUUUAACACAGCGCUCCAUGAUCCUCAGAGGAGAGGAGAUCUGCUCCCCACUGACUAUAGAACAAGCAAUAGAUUCACGGGAUUCAGUUGCCAUGGCGCUGUACUCUCAGUGCUUCUCCUGGAUCAUCACACGCAUAAAUCAGAAGAUUAGUGGCAAAAACAACUUCAAAUCUAUUGGCAUCCUUGACAUUUUCGGCUUCGAGAACUUUGAGGUGAACCGGUUCGAACAGUUCAACAUCAAUUACGCUAAUGAGAAGCUGCAGGAGUAUUUUAACAAGCACAUCUUCUCUCUGGAGCAGCUUGAGUACAACAGGGAGGGCAUCCGGUGGGAGGCCAUAGACUGGAUGGACAAUGCAGAGUGCCUGGACCUGAUUGAAAAAAAACUGGGCAUGCUGGCACUAGUAAAUGAGGAGAGCCGAUUUCCUAAAGGCACCGACUUCACUCUGCUGGAGAAGCUACACAGUCGCCACUCUACAAAUCCAUACUAUGUAAAGCCCAGACUGGCAGAUCAUCAGUUUGGCAUUAAGCACUAUGCUGGAGAGGUCCUGUAUAAUGUAAGAGGGAUCUUGGAGAAAAACAGAGACACAUUUAGAGAUGAUAUACUGAACAUGCUGAAGGACAGCAGGCUGGACUUCAUUUAUGAUUUGUUUGAGCAAGUGGGAAGCAGGAAUAAUGAAGAGACUCUAAAGAUGGGCACUGCUAGGAGAAAGCCAACCGUCAGCUCACAGUUUAGAGACUCUCUUCAUUCCCUAAUGGCCACUUUGAGUGUAUCCAACCCAUUCUUUGUGCGCUGCAUCAAACCCAAUAUGGAUAAGACACCAAACAGGUUUGACCCAGAGGUGGUGCUGAAUCAGCUGCGCUACUCUGGCAUGCUGGAGACAGUAAAAAUCCGCCGCGCUGGCUUUCCUGUUCGACGAGUUUUUAAAGACUUCUUAAGCAGGUACACGAUCAUUUUGAAGGAUGGAAGAAAAGCAACAUCAGCUAAUGCAGAUGAGAAAAAUAAAUGCACUGAUCUGCUCACUAAGUACGACUAUACCAAAAAAGAGUGGCAGCUUGGAAAGACCAAGGUGUUUAUGAAGGAGUCUCUAGAGCAGAAGUUGGAAAAAGAAAGAGACGAGGUGCGGCGUAAAGCCGGUCUCAUCAUACGUGCACAUCUGCUUAGCUAUACUGCAAGGAAGUACUUUAAGAAAGCUUUGAAAAGUGUAGUAACUAUCCAGAAGAACUACCGUGCUCAUUUUUACCACCGACGCUUCAUAAAUAAACGCUCAGCAGCGCUGGUGCUCCAGAGGCACAGACGUGGGCAGGUGGCACGGAACUUAUGUCGCAAGCUACGAGCAGAGAAGAAGAAGAAAGAAGAUGAGGAGAGAAGGAAGAAAGAGGAAGAGGAGAAGAAAAGUGAGGGAGAACGUGUGCAAAAGAAAGAAGGUGAAGCUGGAACAAUGGAGGGUGUAGAUGGAGAAGGUGCUCAGACUUUGCUCUCUAUAGAGGAGGAGAGUCGUCAGAUGGAAGAGAUCCUGCGGUUGGAACGGGAGAUCGAGCGGCUGCAGAAGCAGAGGCAGGACGGCGUGUCCCAGCUGUGUGAAAGCUCACGCCAGGAGCUGCGUCUGCGCCGCCAUGCUGAGGUUCUGCGCCUGAAAAAGGCAGCAUCACGUGUAGCCACUCAGUCCCUCGACUUGCAGAACUUUGCUGGGAUUAAUCCUGAACCCACUGCAUCUGCAGCACAAGCCAAGGUAGAGGCAGGCAAAGGUUUGGGAGAGGGCCGAGUCUCAUUACCUGAUUUCCCGCCACCAGUUGAGGGGCCUCCAGACCAGGAAAUAUUAAAAACUCUUCCACCCCCACCACCUGCCUUUGCCGAGGGCACAGUGGCAUCAUCCUCACCCUCUGCACCCCAGAACGCCUUGGCACCUCCAAAUCCACCGUCCCCACCGCUUCCACCUCCUCCACUCUCAGGACAGACUGUUCAGGUGAAGCAGGAUGUCUCCAAGCCAGAGAAAAUGGAGGGAAAGCCAGAGGACGAGAAGAAGGAGGUUUGCAAGUCUGCGGAGCCUAAGAAAGAGGACACAGAGGAGAAAAAGGCAGAGGAGGGUGAGUGCGAGGCAGCAGAUCGAGGCAGCAGGCUGACUGAUGCAGAAGAGCCAAUCUACAGUAUGCCGCUGGACACGGAGUCCGACUACGACCAGGACGAGUUGGACGACGGCCAGGGCAGCACAGCAGCAAAUGAUCCAGAGCAUGCUCGGAAGUCAACCUGCACCAACGCAAGCCAGGAGUCCUGCAAUCGCAGCUCUGACUCGUAUGUGGAGAGUGAUGAAGAGCAUGAUGGGCUUGCUGAUACAGAUGAAGAGUUGUCAAAUGGAAAAGGAAACGUGUUAAAUGGAAACGGCCCUCCAUACUUCCACAGCUACCUCUAUAUGAAGGCUGGUUUGAUGAUCCCUUGGCGAAGGCGCUGGUGUGUGCUGAAGGACGAUACCUUCAUGUGGUUUCGUUCGAAGCAGGAGUCUCUAAAGUCAGGCUGGCUGUAUAAGAAAGGUGGAGGGCUGUCCACGCUCUCGCGCCGGAACUGGAAAAUGCGCUGGUUUGUGCAGCGUGACACCAAGCUGAUGUAUUUUGAUAACGACAGUGAGGAGAAACUCAAGGGAACCAUUGAUAUACGCACAGCCAAGGAGAUAGUCGAUAAUCAUGAAAAGGAGAAUGCUCUGAACAUUGUGACAGAUGAAAGGACAUAUCAGGUGUUUGCAGAGUCACCAGAAGAUGCCAGUGGGUGGUUUAAUGUGUUGAGUCGAGUGCGCAAUGCCACACCGGAGCAGUUGUUAGAGAUGUCCCAUGAGCAGGCUAACCCAAAAAAUGCUGUGGGCACUCUCGAUGUUGGGCUGAUUGACUCUGUGUGUGCAUCAGACAAUCCUGACCGGCCCAACUCGUUUGUGAUCAUCACUGCCAAUCGAGUAAUCCACUGUAACACAGACCUACCGGAGGAGAUGCACCACUGGAUCAGCCUCUUGCAAAAACCCAAAGGAGACUCUAAAAUCGAGGGCCAGGAGUUCCUGGUUAGAGGUUGGCUGCACAAGGAGGUGAAGACCGGAGCCAAGAGCAGCGCAUUAAAACUGAAGAAGCGCUGGUUCGUAUUGACCAAUAACUCUCUCGAUUAUUUCAAGUCUUCCGAGCGCAACGCAUCUAAGAUGGGCACACUGGUGCUAAACAGCCUUUGCUCCGUGGUCCAGCCUGAUGAAAAAGUCUUCAAAGACACAGGUUACUGGAACAUAAUAGUUCAUGGGCGGAAGCAUUCCUACAGACUCUACACUAAAAUGCUGAACGAGGCUAUGAGAUGGGUAUCUGCCAUUCAGGGUGUCAUUGAAAACAAAGCACCUAUUGAGACGCCAACACAGCAACUUAUCAGAGACAUCAAGGAGAGCAGUGUUAAUUCAGAGGCCGUAGAGCAGAUGUAUCGCAGGAACCCCAUUCUUAGAUAUACCCAACAUCCUCUGCACUCGCCCCUUCUGCCCCUGCCCUAUGGAGAGGUCAAUUAUAACUUACAAAAAGCGAAGGGCUAUGGCAGCCUGCAGGAUGAGGCAGUGAAGAUCUUUAACUCACUGCAGGAGAUGGAGAUCGUCCCAGACCCAGUGGCCAUCAUCCAGGGCAUCCUGCAGACCUGCCACGACCUAAAGCCACUUCGCGAUGAGGUGUACUGUCAGCUGAUCAAACAGACCAAUCAUGUGCCUCAGCCUAAUAGCCCGGCCAAUCGCGCACACUGGCAUCUGCUCACUUGCGUGAGCUGCACUUUCCUACCCAGUCGUGCCAUCCUACGCUACCUGCGCUUCCAUCUCAAGAGGGUGAGAGAGCGUUAUCCUGGCACUGAGAUUGAAAAAUACGCCAGCUUCAUUGGUGAGUCUCUAAAGAAGACAAAGACAAGGGAGUUUGUGCCCUCUCAGGAGGAGAUAGUAGCCCUGCUGACCAGACAGGAAAUGAGUACCACUGUGUAUUGCCAUGGAGGAGGAUCCUGCAAAAUCUCCAUCAACUCCCACACAACCGCAGGGGAGGUAGUGGAGAAGCUGAUUCGAGGUCUGGCGAUGGAUAACAGCAGGAACUUAUUCUCUCUGUUUGAACACAACAAAGUGGAGAGUCGGGCUAUUGAGAGCCGUGUCAUUGUAGCAGAUGUACUUGCGAAAUUUGAAAGGCUGGCAGGGAGUGAAGAAGAGGAAGAAGAUGGACCGUGGAGGCUUUAUUUUAAACUGUAUUGCUUCCUUGAUGUGGACAGUAUGCCCAAAGAAGGGGUGGAAUUUGCCUUUAUGUUUGAACAGGCCCAUGAGAGUUUAAUCAGUGGCCAUUUUCCAGCCCCUGAGGAGACCCUCCAGCACCUGGCUGCACUUCGACUGCAGUACAUCCAUGGAGACGUGGCACGCACACCGUGGAGCCUAAGCAGCGUGUACCCGGUGGGCCGUCUCCGCACCCGCAUUCUUCACUCCACCAAGGUCGGCGGUUUAGGAGCAGCAGGUGCUCCAGGAAUAGGUGCUGGAGGUCACACGCUGGAAAGGAAAAGGACCAGUCUACUGGACGGCACGCUGAGACGCAGCUUUAAGACCGGUUCACUGAAGAAGCAGCGAGAGGAGGAGCAGAUGCUGGAGAUGUUUGUCAAGGAAGAGAUGUCAGCCACACUCACCAGUGUGCUGGACAAGUGGAACCGUCUACAGGGUCUGCCCCAGCAUCAGGCCAUGCUUAAAUACAUGACCAUUGUCAAAGAGUGGCCAGGAUAUGGCUCUACACUUUUUGAUGUUGAGUGUAAGGAAGGUGGAUUCCCUCAUGACCUGUGGCUGGGUGUGAGUGCAGAGAAUGUAUCUGUGUAUAAGAGAGGAGAAUCCAGACCACUUGAGACCUUCCAGUAUGAACAUAUUGUCUUCUUUGGAGCGCCACAGCCAAGCACUUACAAGAUCACUGUUGAUGAAAGAGAGAUGUUCUUUGAAACUCCUCAGGUUGGCGAGAUUACCAAGAUCAUGAAGGCCUACAUCAACAUGAUUGUUAAAAAGCGCUGCAGCGUCAUGUCCGUCACCAGCAACAGCAGUGACUGGAUCAGGUGAUCAGGUGCCAGACGGAUUUACCAGCCAGAAAGAGGAAAUUCCACUAGUGAAGCACGAAACUUGAGCAAAGGAAUCCCAGAACACUUGACGUUUCUCAGAUAAAAGAUUUUGUUUACUCUGAAUGCGGCAUCACAGUCCUUUUAGUUAGUAUAUUUUAGUAGGAUCACUUACACUUCUACAAAGCACAGCAAUCCUACCAGCCCCUGUCUUCAACUCCUUACUACCAGCA